ACAUUACCCGUGUCCGCCGGCUCAGCCGAGCAGCAGCUGCAGCCCUCAGGACGUCCAGUGUCUCCACGUCUCUGUCUUUGUGGCGGGGAGGUACAACAAGUUCUGCCGCAGUCUGCCUCAGACUCCGUGGGUGAUCGACGGCGAGCGGCGGAUGGAGUCGUCGGUGGAGGAGCUGAUCGCGGCGCCCGUCCUGUCUGCGUUCAGAGCCGACGGAUUUAAUUUCUCCUCGUCUGGCAGGGAGGACGUGGACGUCCGCACUCUUGGAAACGGUCGUCCGUUUGCGAUGGAGCUGCUGAAUCCUCACAGAUCCAGACUGAGCAAAGCGGAGAUGAAGCAGCUGCAGGAGGUCCGACAAAACCGCGUCACACACCGCACGCCAAACACGCCAAACACGCCAAACACGCCAAACAC